AUGGCGUCUCAGUCGAAGCUCGUUUUGCCGGGCGACCGCACUCUCCGCAGUAUGGUCUCUCAGCUUACCAGCCUCUACGUCUCAAACCGCACACGUAUCACCCGCGCUGUUUGGAUAACACUGUUCGCUGCUCUUGCCAAUCGAAUACGUCUUGCUAUUUCUGAGCAAAAGGCAGCUUCGGCGCGUGAAGCUGCGCAGCGCGCUGCCCGUCGCGGUACUACCUCGAGUGGAAGUGAGGAAACGCCACGGAAGAAAGUCGAGCUGAAUCGCGAAUUCUUUCGAUCGCUAUUACGAUUACUUAAGAUAGUUGUUCCUGGAUGGCGCAGCAAAGAAUCGAGGCUGUUGAUGAGCCAUAGCUUCUUCUUGGUUCUCAGAACUUUGAUCAGUCUUCGCGUUGCCGAAAUGGACGGCGCCAUAGUAAAGGCUCUAGUGAAGGGCAACGGAAAGGAAUUCCUCAAGCGCAUAGUGUGGUGGAUGUUGAUUGCGGUUCCCGCAACCUUUACCAAUUCUAUGCUAUCAUACCACCAAGCCGAACUAUCACUCAAAUAUAGAUCCCGGCUCACACAACAUAUACAUGACAAAUAUCUAUCCAAUCUGACCUUUUACGGCAUCUCGGCUUUAGACGAUCGAAUAAAGAACCCCGAUCAGUUGAUCGCGGUUGAUGUUUCCAAGUUUUCCAAUAGUUUGGCAGAAUUGUAUAGCAACUUGGCUAAACCACUACUGGACAUGACUAUAUACACGUGGUCUCUAUCAAAGAGUGUUGGUGGAGAAGGUGUCGUCUUCAUGUCACUUCUUGUACAGCUAUCCGCCAAUGUGAUGAGGGCACUGACUCCGCCAUUUGGAAAAUAUGUUGCCGACGAAGCCAGACUAGAGGGCGAGUUUCGCUUCCAACACUCACGCCUCAUCGACUACAGCGAGGAAAUUGCUCUAUACGGUGGCCAUAACGCUGAGAAGGACACGCUGGACAAGGGCUACUUCACCCUCAUCAAGCAUGUCAACUAUAUCCUUCGACGACGGUUCUAUCACGGGUUCAUGGAGGACUUUGUCAUCAAGUAUUUCUGGGGUGCACUUGGUCUGAUGCUUUGCAGUGUCCCCGUCUUCAUCAAGAUGCCGGGUCAUAUCGCAAUGAACAUGGGCGACCGAACAGAGGCCUUUGUCACCAACAGACGAAUGCUCCUUUCUGCCUCCGACGCUUUCGGACGUAUCAUGUUCUCUUACAGGGAGGUAAUGGAGCUGGCAGGAUACACAUCGCGAGUCGCUACUCUCCUAGAUGUGAUGGACGAUGUUCAGUCUGGCCACUUCGAGAAGAAGCUCGUGUCAUCCUCCGGCGUGGAAGGUAACGAGGCGGUGCUUAAAGGGCGUGGAACUGUCCACGAAAGCAACGAUAUCACCUUUGUUGAUGUGCCUAUCAUCUCCCCCAACGGAGAUGUACUAAUCAAGGCGCUGUCCUUCACGCUCAGGCAUGGUGACCAUUUGCUUGUUGUUGGACCCAACGGCUGUGGCAAGUCAUCUCUCUUCCGAAUUCUUGGUGGCCUUUGGCCUGUAUAUGGAGGCACCGUCCACAAGCCCCCCUUUCACGCCAUCUUUUACAUUCCUCAACGCCCAUAUCUAUCUCGAGGCUCUCUCCGACAGCAGAUCAUUUACCCCGACUCCCUCCGACAGAUGCGCGCUCGUGGCGUUACCGAUACAGACCUCCUUGAGUAUCUCAAGAUCCUCGGCCUCGAGCAUCUCCCCGGAUUAUACGAUGAAGGCUGGGAUGCUGAAGCUGAGUGGCGCGAUGUUCUUUCUGGCGGUCUUCAACAGCGUGUAGCCAUGGCGCGCCUCUUCUACCACCGCCCCAAAUACGCUAUCCUUGACGAAUGUACCAGCAGUGUCACCCUUGAUACGGAGAAGGCUAUGUACGACACAGCAAAGGCAUUGGGCGUCACUCUUAUGACUGUCAGCCAUCGUCGAAGCUUAUGGAAGUACCACUCACACAUUCUCCAAUUCGAUGGUCAGGGUAACUACGUCUUUACUAAACUUGAUGCCGACCGACGUCUUAAACUCGAAGAUGAGAAGGAGGAACUUGAGGUUCGACUACGCCAAGUACCUGAGCUCGAGCGUCGCAUUGCUGAGUUAACAGCCGCCUAA